AUGAAGUGGGACAUCUACUGCGACAGGCUCCAACCCGCGCUCUUCUACGGACUCUUCUUCAACUACAAUCCCACAGGCCUCAGGCUGGCAUCGACCUCGCUGCGUCCGUUGUUAUUAAUAUCUUCGAAUCAGACAAGUGUGAGUUUCAAAUUACCCAUGCUCAGUGCUUACGUCCCCUAUGAUGUGGCCAAAGAAAUCUCAGAUGACAACACCACAGCUCUGGCGUUCAGGUUCGGGCUCAUGAUUUCGGUUCACUGUAGUUAUAGGGCUCACUUGAGGAACAGGAGAACUCCUGAAUCUAUUUCCACGCACUACUUUUGCAACCAGAUCCAAGUCCGAGUUUUCUCAACUGAUACUGAUAAUAAUAAUAAUAACAAUAGUCAUAUUAGUGAGGCAGGGAGUUCGAGAGUGACAACGGAUCAUAAAGCAACCGCAUGCGGGACACCAAUAUGGAGAUCCAAACACGGGAUGUAG